GUAGGGAAUCAAUCAAUGUUGUGGUGGCAAGUUUUGAAUUGUGAUUUGUGUGUUUGUGUUUGUACUUUGUAGUGGUUCACGAAAGUGAAUGAUAUUUAUUUGAGAUAUGAAACGGAUCGUACAUAUUGAAAUAAACCAACGCUUGGAGAGUAAUGCACCAAGAGAUGUGGUAUUAGAAUUUGUUUCUAAGUUUGCAAAAACUUGCAAACUGAUACAGGGAUCCAUUAUAAACAGUUUUGAUGAUCCUUUCCUUUCUGAACAUGUACAGACAGUAAAGAUAUGUGAAAUAAAUGAUGAAGCCCCACAGUGUCUAGAAGCAAAUGAUGUUGACCUCUGUUACCAUGUCUAUACUCUUGAUCCAUAUGGCUCUCAGCUGGAAACCAUGGACGGUGAGGGAGAUAAAGAAGUGCCAUUUGCCCUUCAUUGUAUUCUUCCUACAACUGAAUUUGCAGGAUUAUGGGAAAGCCUUGUUUAUGAUUCUGCAAUCAAAGAAAAUUUACUGAAUUUUGUGGAAACAACUUUACUGUUCUCUGACAGUGGAGUAGAUAUGAACAUAAUUAAAUGGAAUCGUGUAGUUUUACUACAUGGCCCUCCUGGUACAGGAAAAACUUCAUUGUGUAAAGCUCUUGCACAAAAGUUGGCCAUUCGACUGGGGCAUCGAUAUACGCAUGGAGAAUUUAUUGAAAUCAACAGCCACAGCUUAUUUUCUAAGUGGUUUUCAGAGAGUGGUAAACUGGUGACCAAGAUGUUCUCCAAGAUUCAAGAAUAUAUUGAAAAUCCUAAUGCCCUUGUUUGUGUGUUGAUUGAUGAGGUGGAAAGCUUAACACAUGCUAGGAAAUCUGCUCUUGCAGGUACUGAGCCUUCUGACUCUAUUCGAGUAGUCAAUGCCGUUCUAACACAGAUUGAUCAGAUACAAAGGUAUCGCAAUGUAUUAGUUUUAGCAACAUCCAAUGUGACUGGGGCAAUAGACACAGCAUUUGUGGACCGUGCUGACAUAAAACAGUACAUUGGGCCGCCUUCACCAUUUGCAAUAUAUAAAAUAUUUUUAUCUUGUAUUGAAGAACUUCAAAGGACUGGCAUCAUUACAUCCAAUGACAGCCUUAUGAACCUGAAGUUGCUUCAGUUGUCCUCAUCAGAAUCUACAGAAGGCACAAAAAAUAAUCUCACUAAAAACAGUUUGUUCCUGCUUAACAUAGCCAGGAAAAGUGAAGGUCUAAGUGGAAGGUCACUCAGAAAAAUUCCAUUUUUAGCACAUUCGUACUAUAUUCAGAAACAAACAACGUCAUUGGAAGAAUUCCUUGAAGCAAUGGAAAAAACUGUAUUGAAACAGUUACAGGACCAAAAAUUUUCCUUUGGAGGAGUACCACAUAAAAAUAGUGGUUGCAACUGUGUUGGAUGAUGCAACCACACUGUUUCCCUUUUUUAGGUACUUAUGCACCAUUUCUUGGUAGAUAACAUGUGAAAUAUAAGCUUGCAGUAAAAUGAGAUUUUUACUGUCUGCAGCAUACGCAUAUGAGCUACAAAUGGUGAAGUGUGUGUUAAAUUGUGACAAAGUGUAAUAUUUUUACAUGUAAGAUCUAAAUAUUGUACAUCUAGUGAAGUCUGUUGUAUAAGUAAAUUAAAGAGACAAACAUUUUUUCUAAAAAAGGGAAGAAAUUUUACUGGAGACCAUUAGAUAAGACAUAGAAUUUUGAUGUCUUCAUUUGAAAUUGGUAAAUUGCUUGAAUGAGAGCUACUGAAAACUACUGAGUUGUGAAAUAUGAAUAUGUAAUGUCUUUGACAUUGCUAGAGAACUGUGCUAACUGUUUAAUUGAGGCUACUAUAAUUUUUAACUUUGCUUCUUCACGCAGUGGGCUCUAAAUAUU